AUGCCGAAAUCAAAGAGAGAUAAAAAAGUUUCACUGACCAAAACGAAUAAGAAGGGACUACUUUUGAAACAGAAAAUUAUUGAAGAAAUACGUAAUUCACUGUCAAAAUAUGAACACAUUUUUCUUUUUACCGUGGAUAAUAUGAGAAAUACUAAAUUAAAGGACCUUCGGAAUGACUGGAAAGAUUCAAGAUUUUUCUUCGGAAAAAACAAAGUUAUGGCUGUAGCUCUUGGGAGGACCAAAAGUGAUGAAAUCGAAGAACAACUCAAUCUGGUAUCUAAAAGAUUAAAAGGCCAGUGUGGUUUGCUAAUGACAAAUAGAGACGUUAUUGAAGUACUACAGUGGUUUAAAGAUUUUCGUGCAGCUGAAUAUGCACGGGCAGGAUUUAUUGCAACAAAGGAUGUAAUCUUGCCUCAAGGGCCACUUGAAGAUUUUUCACACACAAUAGAACCACAUCUGAGAAGACUUGGGCUUCCAACGUCUUUGGAGAGAGGUGUCAUUAAUCUAAUCAAAGAAUACCAAGUGUGUAAGAAAGGAGUGGCUCUAACUCCUGAACAGGCUAGUAUAUUAAAACUACUAGGAAUUCAAAUGGCUAAGUUCAAACUUGUUAUAAAAUGCCAUUGGACUAAAGGAAAAGGAUUUCAUAAAGAUCUUGAUGUUCUUAGUGAUCAAGAAACCGAUAAUGAGAAUGAUAACGAUGUGGUAGAAGAUGAAGAUAUGGAAGAAGAUGAAAGUUAA